AUGCCGAAAAAGAGUAAGAAAAGUCAGAAAAAUGUACAUGAUGUAAGUGCUAUAUCUUAUUGUUUUAGUAUAGUACUGGUUGUUUGAAAAUAAUAUUAGUUAUUUUAAACUUCCAUUUUUGACUUUACAUUGUAACUUCAGACGGAUUCUUCGACCGACGAUCCGAAGAAAAAACAGAACAAAAAGCAAAUGGAAUACAUACUGGCCGCCAUGUACUUCCUCGACUGGAAUGUAAGUUAACAUGUUCUUAAAGUCACUUCUUGUUAUCAUUGGACUAAUUAGUCUUAAAACCAUUUAUAUUGUUAUCAUAGAAUCAGGUUAUAAAUACGAUUGCAGAUUUAUAUUUUACCUUCCAGAAGUCCCUAUUAGAAGCGUACACUCACAACAUCAAGGAGCUGUACCUCGUCCCUCUGACCGAGCACUGUCUUCGGAAGAAAGUAAUGUUGGAAGAAGCAUGUAAGUCACUAUAUUAUACAUCGUUUGGUACUACAGUUACACCUACACCCACAAAAGACUACAAUAUUAUAGUUGUUUGACAAAUAAGAGUUCAAAUAAGACUACAAUAUUUAUUUUUCAAUUAAGAGUACAAUACUUAUUUGUUGUACGAUCAGCUGUUAAACAAGAGUACGAUACUCAGCUAUGUACAAUGUUUUACCUUAUUUAGAUUUGAGUACUAAUACAAAUUAGCAUUAAUGGGUUGUUGUUUGUGUUUAAACUACAUAACUUAAGGUAAUCAAUUGAAUUUUAAGUUAUGCAGUUUCUUAGCCUAAGAUAUGCAGAGUAAACGUUCUUACAUAAUGUAAUUCAAUUAAUAUUAUAUGUCUUUUCAUAAGUUCCUCUUUGCAUAGUAAAUGACUGACAGAGCAGAAAGUGCAAUAAAUUACUUGUUCCUCUUGCAAAAGACGAGAUACGAUAUUUUAUAGUAGUAAAUAGAAGCAAUUCUGCGUAGUUUUAUAAAAAAUAAGUUAAAGUUACAAAAACUGACAAGGGAAGUGUCUCACCUCAUUCCGGAGAUAUGAAUCGAGACUAGACUCAUUUGAAAGCCUAUUUGAAUACAAAUCCAAUAAAAAAAAUUUAGCUGCCGAAUAAGCCCCUGAGGCAAGUUAUGACGGUUUAAAAAUUUGCAGUGCUUUCCCUGGUUUGAGUUUGAAAACGAUUGGGAGCGAGAAAGAAAACAAGGAGAACCGAUGAUUCGGUAGUUCAGUGGUUAGGUGUUGGGUUUAGGGGUGAAAGGAUAAGGGUUCGAUCCCUGCCAACUCGUUUUGCUUUAACAACUUCCAAAAAAAAUUUUUUUUGUUUUUUAUACUGUACAACAAUCAACAGACUAGUUUUAAUCAUUUGAAUACAAAAAUUAAGCAGUUUGACAAAUUAUUAAACUCUAAAAUUUUUUGAAAAUUUUUCGAAUAUGUAUAUAUUGAGUAGACGCACCAAUGGUGCUUGGUUUGACAUAUUCAAGACUGAUGACAUUCAUCACUUCCCUGAUUAUAAGCUGUCUUACAAUGACGCCGAAGCUGUUAAAUUUUCUGAAGGCAGGGAAAAUAAAGUUACUUUUGCUGUUGGUUUCGUUAUUCCAGGUGAUAAGGUUGCUCAACUUUUUUCCAAAACAUGAAAAAUUUUCAAAAAAUUUUAAAGUUUAAUAAUUUGUCAAACUGCUUAAUUUUUGUAUUCAAAUGAUUAAAACUAGUCUGUUGAUUGUUGUACAGUAUAAAAAACAAAAAAAAUUUUUUUUUGGAAGUUGUUAAAGCAAAACGAGUUGGCAGGGAUCGAACCCUUAUCCUUUCACCCCUAAACCCAACACCUAACCACUGAACCACCGAAUCAUCGGUUCUCCUUGUUUUCUUUCUCGCUCCCAAUCGUUUUCAAACUCAAACCAGGGAAGCACUGCAAAUUUUAAAACCGUCAUAACUUGCCUCAGGGGCUUACUCGGCAGCUAAAUUUUUUUUGUUGAAUUUGUAUUCAAAUAGGCUUUCAAAUGAGCCUAGUCUCGAUUCAUAUCUCCGGAAUGAGGUGAGACACUUCCCUUGUGAGGACACAAGCUAUAAAUGUCCAAGAAUUACUAAUGACAAUAACGUAAUACCAUGUUUCAGUGAGCAUGGACUUCAGUGGCAAAUCGUCCAAAGUAAUCGCCGCUGGCAAAAAACUAGAACAAGGAGUCAAGGUGGAGCUGGGCAACGAUGAGCUCCAGAACCUACAACGUCGUCUUCGCAACGAGUACGAAGUCCAAAAAGAAACCCAAGCCGAGGAUCCUGACUAUGUGCCAGUCAAAAAGGAACGGUGGACAUCGUUGGCAGAAAUAUCAGUCAUGUACCGCCUUCGAACCCUGAUUCAGAUGUCAGGAUCCACCUUAAUCUUCAUGACCAAGACCAGGUCGUGGUUAGAAAAGCAUCGCAAGCUCUUAGGACAACAUCCAAAGGAGUGCGGAGAAGUACUGGACUACACAUUACUGUGCUUCGAAACCAUCUGUUGUCAAGCUGACAUCUUCUCCUUGACUCCAGUCGACAGAAGCAUCAUACGAUCUGACUGUAAAGGAUACAUCACUAUGGACGACCCAUAUGUGGGAGAUCCUGACAGAAAGAGAGACGAACCAUUGGUGCUCAAGGAGAAUAUCAAAGAGAAGGCCAAGAGAUUGGAGUCUCAGAUUAACUAUUACAGGUAAGGUUAAUAUAGACCUGCUCGCCAAAAUAAUAAAUUUGAAAAAAUAUGUCCUUGAAACCGAUCAUUGCUUAAAUUAAAAAUGAUAUAUUACAUCUUCAGAUCCUCGGUCAACACAAUCGCCAGCUCUUUGAUCGAUAUUACCCAAGCUAUCGCCAAGAAGAUACCUCGAAAUGCGUUGGCAGUAACCACCAAAGACGUCAAGAUGAUUCUGGAGCGACUUCCACCUGCCUACUACUUUCCGACCAAGAUCGUGUUUUCAGAAGGCACACAAAAGCUACUCGAGCGACAUCCACCUAAUAAAAGACGAAUUAUCCAACAAGACGACGUAAGUAUCUACAACAACAUACGAUAACAUAUUUUAUACCUAUAUAUUCACCUCUACCUUAUAAUAAUGGCAUCUACAACAUUACCUUUGUAUUGUUUACACAAACUAUAAGUAUAUUGUAUACAUGCGCUUUAACAUAUAGAGUAUACAAAUAUGUAAACAUACUAAUAGGUAACGCUACACCCAGAAUAAAAUCAAAUUUCAGAGAGCUGCGGCCAAGUCAGAAUCUUCCAAAACCGUCUCCAAGAAGUCGGUCGUCAAAUCAGUGAAAAGCAAGAAGUCUGUGGUAUCAGAGAAGAAAUCGGUCAAAUCAGAAAAACCAUCUUCGGCCAAAGAAACACAAGACAAGUAAGUCAUUCCUUUUGAUAUUAAUCAUGGUCAAUAUAUUUAGAUAACUCUAUUUAACCGCGAUUAACAUUGAAAGGCAGCGUGAUUUUCUAUAAAAAACUAGCUAAUAAAGCAAAUUAUAAUAAUUUUACCUUCUUCACAAUUUUUUAUUUAUCCGCUUUUACUUACCUACUUCAGAACGCCCAGCAACGUCAACAGUCCCAACGAAUAA